AUGGCAUCAAAAAAAAUUUUGAUUUUGAAUACUUUCCUAUUCAUCUUAAUGGAUUUGGCUACGAUUUCAAUCUUGCUUUUUGAAUCAGUUUAAGAAGAGAUAGGAUAAUUAUUAACGAUUUCAUUGAUAAUUGGAUAUGGGGUAUUUGUUGUAUUGCAACAACUGCUUGUAUAUACUGAGUGGAAAUUGAAUAUAAAAAGUAAAUUAAAUUUGGUUUCAUUUUUUGGGAAGAUCGUAAUUGUUUGGAUUGGUGGAGUCAAAUUAAGCACUAAUUAAUACCUAUUGAUCUUAUUUUAAAUAUACAUGACUUUAGAAAGUUACAGAGGAAAUUCAUUAUAAUACUUGUUUGUUUUUAUGAUGGUUCUAAAUUUAUUCGAAUUCAAAUAGUUCAUUAAUUUUGGAUACGAUUAACUAAUAAACUCGAUGCAAAUUAUUAUAUUGAUUGUUCAACAUUUUUAUUAAGUAAGAAAGUCAGAUGAUAAAUAUCAAUAAUCAUAUGUGCAAGUCUCAACUGGAGGUGGAUAGAUAUAAUAAACAUUUGCAAUGAUACAGGAAUCCAGAAGAAGCAUGCCAAUGAUAAACUCAAUAAAGUUGGUGGAAGAUGAGCCGUGGUUAGACCAGUAAGAUUAUUAUAUCGAAUUAGCAAAUGGUUAUAAUAUGAGAAAUACCUGGUCCUAGGAAGAGAUUUAAAGUUGAAGUUCUACAGUUUUGAUCUAAAUAUUUUGGGAAAAUCUUAAGUGAUGACAGAAAACUAAAACGAAAUCGUUGAUUAGCUGUUAGAUUAAGGAGUGAAGUUUAUAUCAAAAUUAGAAAACAGUUAACAAUCUCUCUCCUGUCAAAAAGGAGUGAUAACUUUGAGGUAAGUGCUAGAGAAUUAGUUGUAAACACAGAUUAAUUAUGAACAUUAUUACUAAACAUUCCAGAUGUAGGCUCAAACUUUAGAUGUUUCAAAGUACUUGUUGAAUGUAUUUGGUUUGAUCGGUAGACAAUAAAUGUAUUAUGUCAUGCAUUUUUAACUUGUGCCAAAAUUAGCAAUCGAGAUCAACACUAACAUUUUCGAUAUGUGUAAAUCCCUUUCUCAUGAACUAGGAACAAGUCUCAAUUGCAUUCAAAGCCUAUCAGAAAUAGCCUUAUAAAAGUCAUCAGUUACUCAAGAUAUCAAAGAAAACAUCAUUUAACCCAUUCUCACAAACAGUCAAUAAUUAAAUUUAAUUAUAUCCAACAUUAGAGAUUAUAGUUCAAUCGAAACUGAUCAAUUUUAAUUGAGUCUUUCUACUUUCAACAUCUUGGAGGAAAUCAAAGCAAUUGCAGACUUCUUUUAGAUUACUUGUCAAUAAAAAGGAAUCCAAUUAGUAUUGCCAACCGAAUCUUGUAUUAUUUAAUAAUUUAUUAGUUCUAAUUUUUAAUGACCGAGAUCGAUUUCGCUAAGUUAUUUUUUAAUUAGUAUCGAAUGCUGUUCGUUUCACAAUCACUGGCACUAUCUAAAUUUUGAUAAAAAAAUAGGACUUUUUAUACUAAAUUGUUGUGUCAGAUACAGGAAUAGGAAUGGUUAGCAAUUCUACAUUUACAUUAGGUUAGCUAAGAAGAGAAUAAUCUUAGAAGAAUCUUAGAAUAACGGUUAAUGUUGAGAGUUUCAGAAAAUAGUAUUGGUUCAAGUCUAGGCCUAUUUAUCAGCAAUUUGCUUGUCAAAAAAAUGAACGCUGAUGAUGAUUGCAAAAUUCAAUUCACGUCCAAUAAAGCAGGUUCAAAUUUUUAUUUCUCUAUCAAAAACAUGUCCGAAUUCAAAAAUAACAUUGACAAACUCCAAUCAGUCAAAUUUCAUAGAACAAUAGUUAGAUUCCAAAGCAUUAAUUCUUAUUAUGAAAAUAUUAAUGAUAUACAAAUCAAGUUUGGCUAACACACAUUUAAGUCAAUAACAAAUGGAUAAUCAAAUCUAGACGAUGGCAAUGUUACUGUUUAUUCGAAAGAAUUCGAAGAAAAUAAAUAAACUAUUCAACCUCUUCAAUCCCUCAUUCCUUAACUUUAAGAUACAAUUUAAGCCUAUUCUCUUAAAAGUUCAUGUUGCUCAAGAGUCCUAAUUGUUGAUGAUGAAUACUUUAAUAUUAUGGCUCUAUAAAUGUUAAUGCAAUAAUACUCUUCCAUUUGUGAUAAAGCCUAUAAUGGCAUGGAAGCUAUAGAACAAAUAAAUGAAAAACUAACCAACCCUUGUCCAAAAUGUUAAAAUUGUUGCUAUUAACUAAUCUUUCUUGACAUCAACAUGCCAAUUAUGGGUGGAAUCGAAACUGUCAAAAUUAUUAAAAGAAUGAUGCAAAAUAGAAUUAUUAAAAAGGUUUAUGUUAUUGCCAACACUGGUUUUAGUGAUUUGGAAACCAAGGAAAAAGCUUAUGAUGCCGGAAUAGACUAUUUCAUGACCAAACCUUUAAAUAUGAUGACUUUUAGGAGUAUAGCAUCCAAAAUAUUCCCAAGAGGAUGA